GGCAGCUAUCCUGAAAACCCACAACAUAGAGACUCUGGAUCUACCACUGUUGAAGAUGAUCUUUGGGGAUCAUUGAGCUGGCUCUGUCUUAGACAAUUUGGUGGAAGCGAUUUCUGGAAGCUUAAAUACCUGGUGUGCAAAAGGAAGCUGGAGAGUAAAAAGGAAGCCUUGUUGAUCCUUUCCAAGGAGCUGGACACAUGCCAGCAGGAAAGGGACCAGUAUAAACUCAUGGCCAAUCAGCUGCGAGAGCGCCACCAGUCCCUGAAGAAGAAAUACCGAGAGCUGAUCGAUGGCGAUCCAUCACUUCCCCCUGAAAAGAGGAAGCAGGCUAAUCUUGCACAACUAUUGAGAGAUUCUCAGGACCGAAAUAAACAGCUGGGAGAAGAAAUUAAAGAACUUCAGCAAAGGCUUGGAGAAGUCCAGGGCGACAAUAAGCUCUUGAGGAUGACAAUUGCCAAACAGAGGCUCGGAGACGAAGAAGUUGGCACUCGACACUUUGCAGCUCAUGAACGUGAAGAUCUGGUCCAGCAACUGGAGAGAGCCAAGGAACAGAUUGAGUCUCUGGAGCAUGACCUGCAAGCCUCUGUGGAUGAGCUUCAGGAUGUCAAGGAAGAGCGGUGUUCCUACCAGGACAAGGUGGAGAGGCUAAACCAGGAACUCAACCACAUCCUGGGUGGACACGAGAACCGGAUUAUCGACGUGGACGCCCUGUGUAUGGAGAACAGGUAUCUUCAAGAAAGAUUAAAACAACUUCAAGAAGAGGUCAGCCUCCUGAAAUCUAACAUUGCCAAAUACAAGAAUGCUCUCGAGAGACGGAAAAACUCCAAGGGCCAGGGUAAAUCCAGCAGCAGUGCUUUGACGGGAGUCCUCUCUGCAAAGCAAGUUCAGGAGCUAUUAUCCGAGGAUCAGGGAUGCAGCCUCCCGGCUACACCGCAGUCCAUUUCGGAUCUGAAAUCUCUAGCCACGGCCCUUUUGGAGACGAUCCAUGAGAAGAACAUGGUCAUCCAGCACCAGAGACAGACCAACAAAAUCCUAGGGAAUCGGGUGGCUGAACUGGAGAAAAAAUUAAGAACUCUGGAAGUUUCUGGUUUGUGGAGUCUUCCAGGGAGCAAGGACACCCUACUUUUCAGCGACUCCACUUUUCCCCCCAUUCAGAGGUCAAGAUCCCCCCUGCUGAAGUUCACUGAGUCACCUCCUGAGACCAAAGUGAAUUCCCAGGACGGGGAGGUUCAGAAGCAAGAAGAUGAAAGUGGUGCCACAGCCGAGGCGUUGACAGCGCCGGAGGAUGCCGGGAGGCCUGCUGUCAACUUGCUAGCAAAUCAGAACCAAGGCAAGCACGUUCAUCCUUCAUUACCCCAGCUACCUUCUGAGGAACAAGAAGUAAACAGGCUUGGAAGGGAAAUAAUGAAACUGACAGAGGAACAGGCAGUUGCAGAAUCAGAAGGAGUCAGGAGAGAGAAUCUGGUGGACAGUGAGAGGAGCAAGAUGGGAUGCCCCCCACCGGGCCUGGCCUCCAAGGGAGGACCCCCCAAAUCCUGCCAGGACCCCUUGGAGUCCAGCCAGCCAGCAGCUGAAGUUUCCACCCUGCAAGAUGGCCAGGAAACCCUAGAGGGUGGAGGGAGCACUGUGAAAACUUGAGGGGUGCAAGAGAGCGGGCCUGAUGACACGCUGACCACUUGGGGGACAGUAAAGGAGGAGGAAUCGGAACAGCUUGCCCAAGCCACUUUCUCCUGGAACUAACACCUCCAAAUCUGGAAGUGAGAAAAAACAUGGAUCCUGUUGCAAACUGUGACCAUUCUGAUGAUGCCAGCACAGUUUGAUUUAUUAAAUGCGGGUCCUCGAGCUUCUCAGUGUCAUCUCUUUCUGCCGAAGACACGCUGCUGUGAGCAUGGCCAGGCAUGGAAUCAUGUCGGCCAUAUGGCUGCUUGUCGGCAUUCGUCUUUCUGUCAGCAUUUGUUUUAUUAGAGAUAAGAUGUUUUUCUAUUAGUGUUUAAUGUUGUCGAUCAAAAUUAUGGGAAGAGCUUGAAACGGAUGGGUUUUUAAUCAGGUCCUGUCUUUGUCAUGGCGAGGUGGCUGGAGAGAAAGGUGUAAUUGAGCCUAAUGGGUUCCAGAGGGCCCACGGCUCUACUUCAUCAUGUCAGAGCCCAGGAGACCCUCCCAGCACGGGUAUUCUUGGCAUCCUGCCCGCUCCGCUGUCGUGGCACCAACUGGCAGGUGGAGAGGGCCUUAAGUGGGCUCAGAAGGUUGGGCUUCCGGUUUGAAAUCCACAGCCCCUGUUGAGACGUGUUUGCUGACUGCUAGAGCUGAGUUUUCCAGCCUGUAAUUCUGGAGGAUUAAUUGAUCUGGAGUGAUGGGGGGAGGAAGAGGAGCCUCUUGGUGUGUUGAUUUUUUGUUUCUUAGAUGAGAUGAGAGCUAGAACCUAGAAAUGCUGGUUCUCUCCAUGCAUCCUGUGCUGCAUAGAACCUUCUAUGGACAAUUGGGGUAGGGGCAAGCGAGAGCUGCUUGGGACCAAUCCAGUUUCCUGAAACAUCGAGCCCCGGGUUCCUCCAGCAGAUUCUUCAGGCUGCCUCCCCGGGGCCAGCAGAUCCUGGGUUCUUAAAGAGAAGACCCAGAGCUUAUGGCCCGGUAGUGAAAGAGAGGAAGACAAAAUAGCUUUAUAAUAGCCUGUCAGGCUGCCCUGGCACCCAGAGCAGCCCCGGGGGAGGGAGUGGUCAGCCCUACCUGUUCUUUCCUUUGGGAUAAAAUUAGCUUCUUAAGGCAGCAUCAAACAAUAGACUUUUUUUUUUUCGGUUGAACCCAGUUCGUUUCCCCAGGAAAGCCUGCUACCAGAUCCCAGAGCUCAAAUUGCCCUUCAAAACCAGAAUCACUCCUUUGAGACCUUCUCCCUCCAGAAAAAGAGAAGCACCUGAGGUGGGAGGGGUGGAAACUUCAUCCUAAAAAUCACCUGUCUUUACAGGGCUUGUGAUCCCAGGUGUCAAACCUGCCCGAGUCUGGCCAGCGCCCCUUGACACUUGUAGUCACAUUUGACCUCCGGAAUCACUCUGUGGGCUGAGUAGUAGCACCAUCAGAUUUUCUGUCUUUCUUUGAAGGAUGCAGUUGCACUAGAAUGUCCAGCCCUUCGCCAGGUGCACCCUGUCUGGAUCUCCAGCUGCUUUCUUCCUGCUCACCAGAGCUCACCCCCAAAGUGAAAUGGGGAUCAGUACUCUGUUGGCCCAGUGAGCUGGCCACACCAUCCUCCCCUGCCCAGCAGGCUUCAAAGCCCCAUCAUCCCACAGUGUCCCAGCCCCGCCCCAGAUGCCAGCCUCACUCCCCCUCCCGGGAGGCUGCUUCUGCAGCUGCAGACCUCUCACAGGCCAGCAGCCACAGAAAUAAUUUUCCUGUUGCAUGAAGCCUUAACUGUCUGCAAAUGUUCAGCACCACUGCAUAGGACGCCAGAGCCACCAAAGGCAAACACAGCCAGAUUUAAUACAAUAAUAAUAAAAAGGAAAAGCUCUCCCGGCCGAAGCUCGGGUUUUGACACACAGUCGGCCAGGUGCACAUCUUUAGGGCUCAUUCGUCACCUUCUGGAAAGCAGGGAUUUCAUAAACUCUGCCUGGGCAGGGGAACUGCCGUGAGUCCCAGAGAGUGAGGGUUCAGGGUAGGGUGUGCGUGUCUUAGGGAGUCAUGACCAAAACUCAUCAGCAGUCAGCCUGGCGGGGGUUGGGGGUGGUGUGAAUAGAUGCAUUUGGAGCCAAUGUGUUGGUCCUGUCACGUGUGCAGCCUUGACAAUGCCCCAGACACACGUGACACUGUCCCACUUUGCUGUCCCAACCCAACACGGUUCUUCUGUCAUUAAAGAGUUUCACUCAGUACUUACGGUUGUCUCUAGUCUUUCUGAUUAUGACUGUGAAAACAUGUUGCAUUCUCCCCUACGCCAUCAGACAAUGCUGCACCUUUAAGGUACCCUGGGCUGCCAUUCACACUUUAAGAAACAAGCAGUCGGGAAAUGUAUUGCAUUACAAGGAUUUCAGAAGUAGGGCAUUGCAGGGCUGGUUCAUUCGGGAACAUUAUCAAGGAUCUGGGUUUCUGUCUUCCUGCUCCACCUGCAUCCGUGUCAGCUUCUCCCUCAUGCUAACAAGGUGGCUGCAACAACUCCACACAUCGCCUGUUCUCACACUGUGUCCAAAGGAAGUUUCUCCGUGUGCACAUGUGUGUAUGUGUGCGUGUAUGUUUUAAGAGCAAGAAAACCAAUUCUCGUGACAUUACAUUGACCAGAAUUGCCACAUGCCUAUAUUCAAUCCGUGGCAAUGACUGUGCCUCUAUCUAAACUAAUCCCUGGAAAUUACUGCGAUGGCUCUAAACUCAUCAAGAUUGUCCUCUAAACUGGGAAAGGAUCUGUACCUGGACAUGUGGACUCUGACAGGUGAAUGAAUACCUGAACAAAAUCAGGGCUUGAGAAGUGGGGAGUUGGGCCUACAUUUGACCAGGUCAGCAGCGUGACAUCUGAGCCCCACAUAUCUAUUUUUGUUCUGUUUUACUUUUUUCCCUUAAAAAGCCAAAAUAUCGCAAUACUGAUGAGUUUUGGAGUUGGGGGGAGGGCAGUUGCUUGUUUGUUUGUUUAAGAGAAGUCCCUCGCUUCUCUCCCCUGCUUCCUUUCUCAUCUGUCCUGUUUUGAAGCUGGAACAUUCCCACCUUGCUUAACUCCUCAAGUGUGUCUGUCCUUCCAUUAUUUUUCCAGCUCGGUUGCCAGCAGACGGCAGAACAGUCUGGAUAAAUGAAACAGAGCUGACAGGUCUCUUAAUGAAAGCUUGUUUGCACACACUGCAUUUCUCGUCAGCGCUCUGUACCUGGGAGCCUUUAGGUGUGGAUUUUUACAUAUGAGUGUUUGUCGUGCUUUUAAUUAAGGCCUGUGGAAAUGGAUUGGUUUUUGUAAGCCAGGCAUUUCUCAUCCCUAACUCCUCUUCCAUGCCUCCUCUACCCACAGUCCUCUCUCCUCCCCCUUUCUGCUUCCUUCUCUCAGCUCCUCGAGAAGCCUCUGUAGCGAGGAGGCCCCUGAUGACAUUCAGCUGGAUCCCUGCUGGAACCUCCUCCCAGUUGGCAAUCUUAAAUAAGCCCUGGCUCCCAAACACCAUCACGAUGUUCUGGCCUCAGUCAUUCACGUGGUGGAGUGCACUUUUGGAUGUGUUAUUCAACGGGAACAUUUGCACCCCAAUUUGCCAUGUGACAUAAAAGGUUCAGUCUCUAAUGAUUUUCAGUGAACAGCUAUCUGCUCUUUGGGGUGAUCUUCACUUGAAAUGACAUGUCUGUGCCCCUCUUGGUUUUCUGCUCCUCAGAAAAAUGGGGCUCUCUCCAGGCUCCUUAGCCUUGUGGAUGGUGUGGGACCCUACUUUCUCUUUGAAAAAAGGUCUCUAAUUGAGCACCUUCUCCCUCUGCAACCUGCCUACAUUCUGGAAGCCUCUACAUUUAACAGUCUGCCUCCUUAGUGGUAGUGAGGCUAACUUCACAUGCUCCAUCAGGAUGUCAAAAUGGCAAAGGCUUCCCCUCAAGUCACUGCUUUAACAUAUUCCUUUUUCCAGCUGUCUUUCUGGACAGAGAAAAACUUGAGGAUCAGAGAAAUGCAAUAGAGAGCUCAGUAGUGAAUCUAAUUAGAAAGGAGAAGCAGGGAAAAUAGGAAGGCCCCAUCUCGGUCUUACGGUUGCUCACGAAAACAAAACAAAGCAAGUUGAUAGCACAUGAAGGCAAUUGAAAAUGAUAGCUGGAGAGGCACUGCCUGACACUUCACUUCACCUCUUUACUAAAUGAGCGUGUGUUCGGAUGCACAGGGAAAGUUUGCAUAGUCCUGACAAGUUUGACCUUCUGGAAUGUGUGAGAGCCCAGGAAUACAUUUUGGGAUUUUAGCUAAGGCCAGUGAUAGCCUAUUAAAUUGAAAACAAUUGGCUUAUAAAAAAAUAAGAAGCAAACCAGCUGCUAUUUUGUGGUUUAAUAUAGAGAAAGGAGUAACUUCUAUUCAUGUGCAGACCUUGCUUUAUUGGAUUCUAUAAUCAUCAUGUAUCAUAACUAUAUCUUUUUUUGUUACCUGAAAUAAAAAUGCAGUAAUCUCCCUGAUAU